GCGUGAUUUACAGCUAAAUCGCACGGUGCACGUCUGAAAUUUUGGAUUCUGAGGUUUUUGAAACUUUUUGUUGGAGUAUGCAUCGUAAACUAAGCUGAUAAGCUCUACCAAGUUGUUAUGGCUACUGCUGAAAAAAAGCCACAGGUGACUGAUGAAUCCAAGGUAUCAAUCUUCCAUCCAUGCAAAUACACUAUCGGCGCUGAUUAUACGGACUGGAAUCGUGCCUAUGCUCGUGCAGCUGGUCUUCGCUUAGGCAUUCGGAGAAAUGGCAUCACCGAACAAGCUCUUGACAGCAUCAUGGCACAUUCGCUGGAAAUAGUCCGCGACGUUCUCAUGACAGCCACAAGCCUUACCGCUCAUGGGGGAAGGACAAAAAUUGAAUCUCGAGAUGUUGAAAUGAGCGUCAAUCUAUUGAAUGUUAUGUACCCAUUUUCAUCAUCUCGUGCUCCAUCCAAUUCCCAGUAUCGUCUUUCUGAUAUGCUGGAUAAAUCGCUAUACCCUAACGGGCGUUACGUUGUCGACCUCCGUUCGAUCAUGAAUGUGCCGCCUCGCCGAAUGCCCUAUAAGCGAAGGAUACGAAAACACUGGCUCGUUAUCGAGGGCGAACAGCCUAGAGUGCCUGAGAAUCCUGUGAUAGCGCUACCGGAUCCAGUUGUGGGACCAGAUGCAAAUGUAGCUCAUCCAUCAGGUUCAAAUGAGGAGGAUGCGAAUCGUCCGGCAAGACCUGUCGUCAAGCAAGAGCCGUCCGCAUCUCGUCCCAUAACAAAUCAUGUUUUAGCUGUGGACCAACAAGUCUUCUUCCGCAAAUGUAUCGAGACUGUCAUGGGAGCUUCACCAGAGAAGCGACGGGAAGUACUCCACCUUUUGGCUUCCGACCCGGGACUUCAGUCCUUAGUACCGCGAUUUGCUCUAAUCAUCUUUGAGGGAGUUCGAUGUAAUAUUGCCCAAGGAAAUCUACCCGUCCUCAAGAAUAUCUUAAGGCUGCUCAAAACCUUGAUCGACAAUGUUCAGGUCAAUUUGGAUAAAUGUCUGAAUGAGAUCAUUCCUGCCUUGUGCUCUUGCGUGGUGUGCAGCGAGCUAACUGCAGAUCCUGAUGAUAAACGACAUUUUCGAGUCCGAGAGUUUGCGGCUUUGAUAUUGGCCAUGGUGUGCAAAAGAACGCAUCUGGCUGAUGUACGUGCUAGGAUCACUACGCUACUUUGUCGAGUGUUUACGGAUCCACGUGGCAAUCUUUCCUCUCUUUACGGUGCUAUUUACGCUCUGGGAGAAUUGGGCUGCGAGACCGUUGCGUCAGUUGUAUUUCCCCGAUUGGAUAUCCUUCGCAGUAGGAUCACUAUGCUUACAGAAGAGCUCCCUUUACAAGCAGGUGACGCCGAGCGAGUAAACCAUCUGAUAGAGAAAAUGAUCGCAAGAUUUGUCCGACGGCGUAAAAUGCAGGGUUUGACCGAUGUCGCUGAUUUCCAGAAAGCUUUCCCCGGUUUUGGAGAGGCUGUUUUCAAGAGAAUAAAAAGAGCUAAUGAAAAACAUCGGCUUCAUGGUGCAAAGCCUGGAGGUGCUCAGCAUGCAUUGGAGGCGGGUGGUAGAAAAUUGUCACAGGCUACCUCAACCGUGAAACGCUAUCCGCGUCUACCUCAACUGCCUUUGAGAGCUCCAGGCAUAGUCCGACCUACUCAUGCUUCUGUAACGAAGUUAAGGAUGUUUAAAUAUACUCAGCGACAUGGGGCACGAGGUUUAUUUCGACAACCACCAUCAUCAGCGCCACCGCAGAAGCCUAGCGCUCCAUUGCCUGAACCUCCUCAACAGCAACAUGCUGGAACACCGCAAACUACACAACAACAUUCUACUGUUGUUCCGCAAGCUAUUCGUGGACCUACCGGGCAGCCUCCAGGACCAUUGCCUGCGGUGUCGGUAGAACCUGCAUUCCCUCGAAGGCGUCCUCCUAAUGUUGUGGAACAGGGACGACCUCAUCCAGCAGUCACCGUGGAGCCGGCUUUUCCUAGAAGGCCGCCCCCACCAGGUGGCGGGGUUUUGUAGACGGGUAAUUUAUGACUUUGUUUCGGCCUUCAGGUUUUGUUGAUUUUUUUCCACAAAUGGAUUUGUAAGGAUAGAUUUUACAUAAAUUAGUUUGAAAGGUU